UCCAUGUAAAGUUCUGUUACUCUACAAAAUGGCAGUCAAGUUCAAAGUUGGCGAUCUCGUAUGGGCGAAGAUGAAGGGGUUCCCCGCCUGGCCUGGAAAGGUGAUAGAACCCAAAUCUGACAUCAAGAGACCCUCCAAUAAGAAGCCACAUCAGUUUGUUUAUUUCUUUGGAUCAGAGAAUUAUGCUUGGAUGCCAGAAGAGAGUUUAUUGCAUUAUGCUUCAAACAAAGAGAAAGCCACACCUUCAUCUCGAGUUCCUAAAGGUUUUAAAGAGGCUGUGGAAGCUGCUGAUGAUGAAUUGAAACUGAGGCCAGCAGAGGAACAAGAGCGAGAACUACCAAGUAUUGAUGAAGAACUCGCCCAGAUUUUUCCAACAAAGAAAAAAUCCACUCCUCAGAAAGAUUAUUCUCGUGAACCUCUCUCUGGCAAAAAGUCAAAGGCUAAAUCCAACCUCACUAAGAAGGGAAUUGUGGGAAGGAAAAGUGAAAGUAGCAAAGAAAUGAAAUCUCCACCUGUUAGACAAAAACGUGAAAAAUCAUUGAAUAAAGUUGAAAAGAAGCCAGCAGAAUCUACUACAAAACAAACAAAACCAAGAAAUCGAGACAAUUUCAGAAAAUCCAUCACUAAACGACCAUAUUCUCCAACGUCCGACAGUAAAAAAACACCAGUUGCUCAGAAACGGCCCAAAGUAUCUAACUCUAUCUCACCACAAGCCAAAACACCAAUUUAUGCGUCGACUAAUUCAGCCACAUCUGAUGCACCAAGAGAACGUGGAUUCCAAGAUGCUUUUGAUUUUCCCGAUGAUGAAGAAAUAGAAGUGCCAAGUACAACUACAUCUAAUAGUGUAGCUGUGUCCUCAUCAACGCAGAUAGAAGAAAAUCUUCUUAUAAACAAAGGUGUAUUUACUAGCAGUAAGGGUGUGGUACCUACACCACUACGUAUUGGCUUCCUGGGACUCGGUAUUAUGGGACAGGGCAUGGUGAUGAACUUAUUGAGGUCAGGUCAUGAGGUCAUUGUGUGGAACAGAACAAAUUUAAAGUGUAAAGAGUUUGUGAAAGCUGGAGCAUUACGAGGUACGUCACCAUCAGAUGUCAUUCAAUCAUCAGAUAUAACCUUCACCUGUGUCUCAGAUUCACUGGCAGUUAGAGAUAUUGUAUUUGGUAAUCAAGGUGUAUUACAAGGUAUAACUAAAGGUAAAUGUUAUGUAGAAAUGUCAACAAUAGAUGAAGAAACAGUCCAAGAUGUUGCAGAGGCAAUUAUGGCAAGAGGUGGAGUAUUUUUAGAAGCACCUGUUUGUGGAAGUCGUGUUCCAGCAUUAGAAGGUCAACUAGUCAUUUUGACCUCCGGUGAUCGUAAAUUAUAUGACGAUUGUUUCUCAUGUUUCGAGGCAAUGGGCAAAAAAUCUUUCUACUUAGGAAAUGAAGUUGGUACAGCAUGUAAAAUGAAGUUAGUUAACAAUAUGUUAUUAGGGUGUGUAAUGAGUAGUUUAAGUGAAACUAUGGCAUUAGCAGAGAAAGUUGGAUUAGACCAGGAAGAUUUAACAGAGAUUCUCUCCCUUGGUUCACUUUCCUGCCCUACAAUAAUACACAAAUGUCAAGCAAUUAUGAAUGGAAAAUAUGAUCCACAUUUUCCAUUACAACACCAACAGAAAGACUUACGUCUGGCUUUAGGUCUGGGUGAUCGAGUUGAACAACCUUUACACAUGGCAUCUGCCGCCAACGAGAUGUACAAAAGAUCAAGAAAUUUGGGAUAUUCAGAGGCAGACAUGUCAGCUGUUUACAAAAGCUGCUGUUCAUAAUAUCACCAUAGCAACAUCACACAUCCCAUAAUUUUCUCAACGUUUUACACUAAAACGUAUCAUAAAGAAAAGCAUAGUCAUAUUUAUGUAGAUUUGAAUCUAGCAUGGUUAACCGAUAUUAUCCACAAACUCAUCACCAUUUCUUCAUGGAAACAUGUUCAACAUUUGUAUUUUUAUUAUUUUGGUUUAUUUAUGUUAAAUUUGUAGCUGUUCUUGGCUUUGUAUCACGUAUUUAACAGUGCACGAUUUUAAUCAAAAGAGUCCAUAUUUAGUGCUCUCUUUCACAGUGUGUAAUUAUUUGCACUGCCGCUAAUAUUUUAUGAAAUUCUGUGUAAUGACAGUUGCUAAACUGGGAAAUCGGCAAAUAGAGCUUUUUGCUAUUAAGUCAAAAGUCAGUAUGUUUCCCAGUAGUGUUAUGAUGAAGCCCUAGUGCUAGCCUGGAAAUAAUGAAUACUUUUAUACUUUGUACUGAACAUGUAUUAAACACGCAUUAUUUAAGAGAUAAAUCUGCCUAAUGCAGGUCUUUCUUUAGACCUUAAAUUAUUAAUUCAACAUUAAUUAACAUGACAAGACCGUAAUCAACUCAAGAUGCCAUCGGAUGCCUGCGAUAUUUAGUAGAUUCAAAUACGUUUAUGGUCGAUGCAGAUUCCAUAAAAAUGGAUAAUCAAAACUUAGUUUAUUAUCGUAACAACGGUAGUAAUGACAAUUGAGGCUAGCCUGCAAUUGUAUCGCUAAUAUCUAGUAAUUUGACUGAAAUUUUCAGCACAUUCUGUUUUUAUUAACUAUUUUUUAACUAUUAUAGCAAGAACUGCCAUCUCUUUAUCCAAUAUUACCUAAUGCAUCUUGAAUAAUAUUAAUAAAAACAUGACAGGUUCCAGAGGUAUUGUGCCUAAUAACGCCUGAAUCUGUACUUCUUUGAGUGGCAUGUAUCAUUUGCUUGAUAAAGACAAGAUUAUCAUCUUCGAAACAUUGACUGUUAAUAAACCAAUAAUUUUUAUUCCAUAAAUAGUUUUUGGGUCAGUGACCGGUGCCUUAUUUCCAGGCUUGCUUGUUUAUAAUAUGUGAGGACGUUAUAGUAAAGUCUUAGUGUUAUUGCAUUUUAAAUCUAUUAUAUACUGUUUUAAGAUAAACCUCAAGUUCGAGGCAAGUCUCGUAUGUAUAUACCAUUUAAUUAAAGCGGCACAAUAAACUUUACAAUUUUGCAUGCUUUAUGAUGCUUCAUAAAGUUUAGAUUAAUCUGUGUCAGAAAAUACGGUUGAUAUCCACAAGAAGGUUAUUCCGCCUACAUAGGUUAAUAAUGAUGCAGAUAUUCAUAAAAUAUAUUAAGACCUUGACACCUAAAAUAUUUUAGACAAGUCCUUCACUGAUUGGUUUCUAUAAUACACUGUAGAGUUGAUCCUGUUCACUUAUAUACAAAUAUCUUACACAAACAGAUAUCUAAAUCUUAUAGUAACAAUGUUGUCAUUAAUUUAUAAAAACAAACCACAUUCAUCAAAGUAAAAUACAGUAUUGCAGAUUCCAAUCUUACAAACAUCUAUAUUUCUUAAAACUCUUUAAAUUAGUUGGCAACCAAAGUAACAAUUGUUUAGGAUAAGUGACAUUACGGAGAGAUAAACAAUGGGCAUUAUUCAAUAAUAAACUUCUUCAGUUUGAAGAAAUGUGUGAGAUUGUUAUAAGAUAAUUACUUAGAGUAAAGAAUUAACAUUAAAGAAUUCAGAAAUGUAGUUUUUAAUAAUGAAGCUGUAGGAGUAGUCCCAGAUUUCACACGAUUUUGUUUGUAGUGAAAUGGUUUUAAGUAUUCAAUUGAAUGCCAAAAUGCAGUCUGAAAUAUAUCUGGAAUAGAUCCUUUUAAUAAUAGCUAAGCUUUUUGUGUGUUAUCCUGCAUCCAUACUGGCAGGUUUUGUUUUUUUUUAAACUUCUACAUCUAAGUAGUUGUUUAUAAAAUAAGAAAUUUGUACCCGAUAUUUAUCAUUUAAACUGGUCAAGAGAAUCAAGGGGAAUAACUCCUAAUAUUGACUACUGUAAAUUAUUGUGAAUAGUGUUAUUUGUAGUAAUUAUUAGAUUAGUAAUCUCUCCAUUUGUAAAACCAGUCACCAAUGGUAUUAGAAUUAAUAUCACACAUCAUUAAUGUUUUACUCAACACAAACUCCAAAUGUCAGUCACUUCGAUGAAAUUAUUUUACAAAUAAAUUAUUAUUAUUUGUCAAAUUUUUUAAGCAAUAUUUUCAUUUUGUAUAUUAUUUUUCAUCAAUAGAUUUCAAUCAAAUGAAGAAAGAUUGUUUUUUCGUUGUGGUAUUAUAUGAUAUGGUCGGUUGUCUUGUGUUUUAUUAAAUGUGUCAGUCAUAAUUGUAAAUAUAUAACUCCACAGUAACUGAUUUUUUCAUGGAUUUAAUGUUUUUAUCAUUAUGCUGUUUUUUUCUUUGUCUGGGAAGUUUGUGGUUGUUUUUCAAUCAACAACUUUUUUCAAAUUCAAACAGCUAAGAUACAUUUCAUAUACACAACCAUAGGUCAAAAAUGCAAUUGUUCAGGAAAAAUUCUCAUAUGGCACGUGUAUCCAUAAAAUAUAUAUUACUAUGUUAGUCUCAGACUGAGUGAAAUAUUGGGUGAACAAACCCAAUGGCUUUUCUUUGACGAUAAUAAAAAUUGCUUGAAGGGAAGAAUUUUCCCCAGAGUGUGGCAUUUCUGCAUAUAAUUCUCUCAUAAUUCCAACUGCCAAGAGUUUUAUUACGUGCACUGCAAUGUGUAUGCGCGUGGACUUUGUUUUUUUGUCCCAUGCUAACAACUAGGCACACUUUCCUUGUGAACCCUGCUAGCUUGAUCCCUGACAAGUAAGAACCUGGCUUGAAAAAUCCUGAAUGUUUUUCUCGAGUCAUGCUGGGGUCUUCUAAUCCGGGAUUUUCUAAUCAAGAGGCCAGUGAUUGACCUCCGCGGCACCUUUUACUUGAUAAGCAUCUAUUGUACUUAAUAACCAAACUCUAUACAAUAUUUUUCACUACACUGUUUUACUUUUUUACCUCUGUUUUAUUUCAUGUCCUCACAUUAUCUGUGUAAUGUAGGUCAUGUACUGAAAGUGUUUUAUUCCAUGUCCUCAAAUUGUCUGUGAAAUGUAGCACAUGUAAUUAAAGUGUUUCAGGGCCUUAUUCACUCAAACUAAAAUCUUUUAAGAAGCAGCCUUUUCUUUGGCGAAGAGCUAAAAUUUGUUCUAGGAAUUUUACCCUCUAUCGAUGACAAGGCUACAGUGUUAAAAUAUUCUAGUUUAAGUUUACAUCAAUCAUUGAUGAUCAGUGAGGUCCCUGGUAGUUUUUUGGAAGAAUAAGACAAUUUUAAUGGUUAUCUCAAUUCUUGGAAGUAAAUUGACAAUUAAAAACUAUGAAUAUAAUUGUAUUUAGUAUGUUUCUAAGUUAAAUUCAUUGAAAUUUGUUACUUUUAAGGCAAGUAAAUUGUCUGACAGUCAUUGAAAUUCACCAACUGGUCAGUUUCACUGUCUGUUAGUCAAAACCUGCAAAUAUGAUCACAACAAGAACUCUGAUCUAAUGCAUGAUUUUAAUGGUGACUAUUUAUAUUGACCAUUGUUUCCAUGGUAACAUACAACAGUAUAUUUUGAUAGGUUUUGUAGAUUGUAAACUAUUUCUGUUCUAAAUAUUUAUCAUGUUUGUAAAAUUCAUCAAAAAUAACAAUAAUGAGAUUGUUUGUUACACAAAUUAUGUAAAUUGUUAAAGUAUUAAAUUGAAUUGUAUUUUGAAUUAUGUUUUAAAAAUUUGCAAAAGUGUUCGAGUUCACAUUUACAUAGAAUUUCCUUGAAAUUUAUGAGCUCUUUGCCAUUCUUCUUAUUUCAAAGUUUCAAAGAAAAUCAAGUUUAGUUAAUAACUUGUUAUAAAUUCUGUUGUAUAUCAUUAUGAACAUUUGAGGGGCAAUUAUUUAUUUAACAUAUAUUCUUUGUUUUGAAAUUUGAGUAAAGUAUAAAAACCAAAGGGAGGUAAUCUAAAUGACCCUCUAUUUAUCAGAAUGUAUAACUAUAAAUUAUAAUCAUAUUAAAAUAUAGAUUUUUCAUCUUAAUACCUAAACAUACAACUUUUUGCACCAUGAAUUUAUGGUGAACUGAAACAAAGAUUGUAUACAAGUUUAGAAAUAUUGUACAUUAUUAGUUUGUAGCUGUCAUAUCUAUACAUAUAAAUAAGUAGUUUUCAUCAUCGCCAUAGUUACCGUUGUCAUUUAUAUUCUUUCCUUUUUUUAGGCCAUCAGCCCUAAGGGCUUAUGUUGUUACUUCUGUCCAUCGUCCAGCCGCCAAGCGUAAGGAAUUAGUUAUUUUAGACUAUUACUGCUAAAUCACUUGAUGGGUUACAAUGAAAUUUGGUUUAAGUUAAGUAGCUAGAAUCCACAGGGUGGUUAACAGGGACACUUUGAUUGGGCAAAUGGAUGCAUUUAUGGCUAGAGGGAUUUCAACCAAAAUGGAUAUGUUCAAAUAAGUUAUAGGAGUCCAUAAGGUCUUGUGGGCAUUCAUAUUCUCAGUAAGCUAAAUUUUCACACAUAUACUCUUAGACGAUUGGGCCUCUUCUUUCUUUUUCCCCUUUUUUUAAAAAAAUCCCUGUAAAUAAUAAUUUGUAAUGAAGUGACGUUUUUAAAACAAGAUGGACAGCAUUUAUAAAGAGAGUUGUUCUGUUUAAAUAAAUGUGGCGGCGAUAUUUAAGAGACUGUGUAUCGCGAUUUGAACUCUUGUAUAUUAUUGAUGAUGAUAUAAAAUAAAUGUAUUUUACCAAACAA